ACUAAAAAGUUGAAUCAGUUAACAACCAGAUCAAACCAUGAGCUAACAAUACGCUUCAGCCCGUCAUAAAUCUGAUUUGUUCGACAUUUUGGUUAUUUUUAAACGUAUCUCGCAGCCGCUCAAAAAUGUCAGUAGACAAAGAGGAAGCUCGUCAGAGGUUGAAGGCAGCGGUUCAUUAUACGGUGGGUCGUUUGUGUCAGAAGAUCGAAGAAGAACACCGGAGGGAGUUCAGCCGACAGACCAUAGCAGCCAUAGCCGAAACGACAUUCAGAGAGUGCGACAUCUUUGCCAAGGAUCUGGAAGCUUUUGCCAGACAUGCCAAAAGAAGCACAGUGUCUGCAGAGGAUGUAAAACUUCUAGCCCGCCGCAGUAGAGCUCUGUCCAACCACAUACAAAAUAAAAGUGAAGAACUGGCCCAGGAGCAGCGAGAGUCCAGAAAGAAGAGUACAGUGAAGAGGAAGAGCAGAGAGACCGAGGAGGAGAGCAGAGAAUGAGGACAAGACACAGGGAAGCCGGCAGUGUCUGACUUUGUGCUCAACAUGCAUAGAAAAAUAAGAGCUUGACAAGAACAAACUGCUUUAAUGAACUUUACAGCACAAGACUGAUAUAAAGCUAAACUCGUCUCAGGAGGCGUCUAGUUGACAUGAAGAGAUGAAUGAUGAGCAACCAAAUCUUAAAAGAACUGUUCAUGUAACAUUUACUGCCUCCAAUAAAUCCUAUGUUCAUCUACCUGGUUUGGGUUGUUAAACAUACCAUUAAAUCCUCUAAAAUACUGUUUGACAUACCGACUAAAGCUUCAAGGCAGUUUGCCUCUUCAUUAUUUUGUCCUGACUGAUUCACACCCAAAAGCCUAUUAAAUGGUGGUUAAGCUGUUUAACAAUAAAACCCAGAAUAAAUACAUAAAUGCAUAUUAUUUACCUUCAUAUUUUCUGUAAUUUUUAUAUAAAAAAUCUGGGUCUGAAUUGUUAUUCCAAUAUGCAAUUUUGAUCCGUGAUCAAAUAAAACACUAUGCAGGUAAGUAUUUAUAGGAAAUGACAUUUCCUUAAGAAAAACACUGAAAACAAACAAAAGAAACUGUUUACCAGUUGUAAAAGCAGCUAUGAAGUUAUAGAAUAGAAUUACUUUAUUCGUCCCAGCAGGGAAAUUAUUCCCUGCUGGGAAGUUUCCCCAAGGAGAGUAGGAACUGAUGCAUGGUCACUACGUUCUGUAGAUUUGAAGGUUUAAAAGCAACCGAAACUGCAGAAGAACUGGCAAGGGGGCGAAAAGGAAAGUACCCGCAAUUACAGUAAACCGACUGGCUUACAAUUUUAAUUUAAUCCAUGCAUAGAGCUCAAUAUUUAUAAAGCAAUAAAGUAGAGAUGCACCGAGAAACUGGCUAACUACUCUUAUUUCACGAUCUGAAACCAACAUCUGAUCUUUUUUCUGAUUAGUAAAAUUACCAACAGGUCAUACAGAAAACUUCCCUCUGUGAGGAAGCUGUCACUAAGACUGUUAGCUAUUCUCAAUGUUGUUUUUUUAAGUUCAGAGCGAGUGAAGCUUUAUCAUCCUUAUAGAAGGGAAAAACACUUUCUACAGACAUGAUGGAGGGAGUGAAACUUCCCAAUACAUCAAGCAAAUGAACAACUUAGUCCAGUAGCUUCAAACUCCAGUCCAUGAGGGCCAGUGUCACACAACUUUUAGAUGCAUGCCCAGGUUAAAGAUUUAGGUCAUUAGCAGGAUAACAAAGUUGAAUGAAUGCUGAGAAAGCAAUUCAGCCACUUGAAUCAGAUGUUAGAGGGAACGUCUAAAAGUUGCAGGACACCAGAGACACGAAGACUGAGCUCUGACUUCAACAAUCUAAUUAGGUUGGAAAUUUGAUUUCAACGGAGCUUGCCAAAAAAAGAAAAAAAAUUAUAUUGUAUUUUUGUGAACAAUAAACUUUAACAUUUAUUGCAAUAACUACUAAUGCCAUUUAUCAUGGCACGUUUAUUUAGGUUGCUUCUUUUUUGGGGGUAAAGAAAUCUCUUAGGAGAAACAGUUUAAUUUUCUUUACAUUCAGAAACAUAAAGACUAAUUUGUCAUUCUGAAAUGUAAAAGAAAAAUUUGAUUCUGAAAAAAAAUCUGUAUUAGUAUCAGUAGGUCAGAGCUCAAAAAGAUUUAUCGAAAUUCAGCAACUGCGUCUCAGAUCGGUGCAUCUCUACAAAGAAAUUGUCCAAAUGCAAUAUUUAUAUUUCCUUUGAAUCAUUUUAGGAGAAAACUAAUAAAAGCCAGAUAACUGGGUGCGUGUUUGUUAAAAUAACUUACCACAAACCUUCAAAGCUGAUGGUUAGAAUUGGGAAUGUGCUCUAAAAAGCCAACAGAAGCAGCAAAAGGACAGGUACUACCCCAUGUCAUGUCUGAGAAGGCCACACACUGAAAGUGUUGGAACUUCCAUCUUCUUCCUUCAGGUCAGGGUUCAAACGGAGACCUCGACCAGCAGAGCCCAAGGUCCCUAGAUAUGUGAAUCGAAUUAGAUGCUUUGGAUUCCACAAACCGACUCAAGCAGUAUCAGCUAAGUAACUAUUCAAAUGAACUUUAUUAGAGAACUCCCUUCAUUUGACAUGUUUUUCUUGUUAAAAACACCUCACAAACAACAAAGAGCUACCGGGCACCAUUGGACACACACGUCUCCACGUUCUCACAUCCUCACUCGCGGCCCCCCAGAGUCUUCAGCAGGUGUCAUCCACAUCAAGAACACACUUACAGGUCAGUUCAAUUAACAUGAAAGCACACACCAUACAGCAUUCAAA